AUGUAUACUUUAUGUCGGUUGUGUAAAGCGUUUCUGUCUUUGAACCUAGGACCGGUACAACAGAGUCGAAGAGACCGAUCGGAUAAAAGCGCGAACGAUGACUGUGUAAAACUUUGCAAGUUGCAACUGAAGAAUUCUUUGCAAUGGUUGGCUGUUACCGUCGAAAAAACACCGCCAAAGAACAGUGCGACACAAGAACUAGGCCUUGAAUCGGCAGUCGGCGUUUUCAAAGAAUUCUGCAGCAGCUUCCAGGAAAUGAGCAAAUGCUUCAGCAAAUGCCAGCAACUGCCUAAAGAUACAAUGGAAAUUCUGGACGUCUUCUAUUACAUGUGCGUCGACAAAUAUGAAGACUUCCUAAAAAUAUUUCCAUGUGUCGAAAAGUAUGACGUCGAAAUAUCGAAACAGUGCAAACUGACCGAGAGCGUGGCCGAACACAGCAUAUUACCGGCCUCAAGGUCACUUCCGUCACCCGUUACGGAGGACACGUUAGCUAUGUCUUGUAGGUAAGU